CUUGCCAUUCCAAUUUGGGGUUCAUUCGGUUUUGCUCCAGGCUGAAUGCCUAGUUUGCUUUAUUUUAUUUCACUCUGGGAAAAAAAUUGUUCUUUGGUGAGAAAAAUACGAGAUCCUCUGCAAAUUUGCCACCUAUGGAAGCAGCACUUGCACGUUAUCUUCCUAACUGCAGUGCAAGUUGAGAGAGAACCAGCAUUCGGAAAGAACCAGAACCAGAACCAGCUUGGGAACUCCAGAGGCUUGUGGUGGAUGGAAAUGCAGAGCGGAGCUUUGCGCAGCCGCGCGCUCCAUUGUUUGAUCGCUCAUCCCAAGCACUUGCACUUUUAUCUUCCUAACUGCAGUGCGAGUAGAGAGAGAACCAGCAUUCGGAAAGAACCAGAACCAGAACCAGAACCAGCUUGGGUACUCCAGAGGCUUAUGGUGGAUGGAAAUGCAGAGCGGAGCUAUGCGCAGCCGCGCGCCCCGUUGUUUGAUCGCUCAUCCCAAACAAAUCAUUUGUAAACACAAGUACCAGAUGAGCAAACCUAUGCUAUAAAUAUUGUAAAUUAUUUUAUGAAUAAAAAUAUAGUUAUUCUUCAGAAGUAAGAUUGAAGAUUUUUAAAUGAAUGGAUUUUUAUAUUA